ACGUAAACACACUCACUACGACCAACACAAUGGAUUUUAGAGAUUCUGGUGAAUUAUACACGGUGGUGACCCAGUUCUACACGGGGCAGCAUUCCAAGGUGGUCGAGUACUCGUUGAAUCAGUUCAGCGACGAAAGCCAACUAAAGUUGUUGGAAUUCCAAGUGAGAUCAACUGUGUCCUUGGGUAAAGAUGCAUCCAAAUUGAUUGACGACGGAAAGGCUCAGUUCCCAGAUAACGAGCCUUUGUUCUCCUUGUUGAGUGCAUGGAACGACUUACACAGCUUUGGGGUCGACGACUCAACUUAUUUUGAGGAUGUGAAGGAACCUGAAUUUGAGUUGCAAGCUAUUUUGACUUCUUUCUACAUUGUCAAAUUUUUAAAGAAUAUCGACGGAGCGAUCAGCUUGUUGACCAAGUACAUCGACGACUCUAACAUGUUGAAAAUCAACGAGUUGGAGCCAUACUUGGUAUUGAUCCAGUUACAUUUGAUUCAAGGUAACUUUGGUGCCGCCAACAAAAUCUUCAACAACUUCGAGAACUUUCCUGACAGUGCCAAAGACAGCAUAGUCUAUCAGGUGUUGGAAAGUUGGGUUCUGUCCAUCAAGGGAGAAACGGAAAACAUCAACAAUGCUUACUAUUUCUAUGAUGAAAUCUUGUCGAACGACUUUGAAAAUGAUGAAUCUGGAAAAUUCAAAAUCUUAAACACUUUACUUGUUUUGACCAUCAAGUUGAAACACUACCCGGAAGCGUAUGAGUUGGUGAAGCAGAUCAAUACCUUGGAUGUUAAACAGGUGGAUGACUACCUCGCAAACCAAAUAACCUUAAACUACUUGACUGGUAAAGCUGAAAAUAACGACGAGUUGAUCAGCAAGUUGAAAAUAUCGAACCCAGACCAUGCAUACCUCACGGACCGUGCUGUGAAAAAUGAAAAGUUCACCGAUAUCGUCAACAAGUAUAAGAACUAGGAUAUAUAACUGUGUUUAUUGUAUAGGUACCGUAAAUGUACAACACUAAACUACCAC